AUGGCGGCAGCGGCAGUGGAGGAGUGUGUGGAAGUCGGCGAUCCCCCAAUCUCUGACUGGGUCUUUCCUGUUUGUUUGCCGAAACCCUAAGCCCUCCCUCUUCAGCCCCCUGACAUUGCCGCGGAGGGAUCGUGGAAACUCCUAUGAGCCGCCAGAUGAUGAAAUCCCCGGUCUGGCACGGGGAUUCUUUGCUGGGUGACGCUGAGGUGUUCCCGGCGAAGAAUAGCCCGCAAUUCCUUUUCCCCGGCAACGAGAUACGCAUUGCGAGGUUCUCACCUCCCAGCGAACGAUGCCCCCCCAUCUCGAUCCUCCACACCAUCUCUCCAUUCACCAUUCUGUGUAAGGUCCAGUCCUUGACUGCCACCGAUCAGUCCCCAAUCUAUCGGCUUUAUCUCUCCUGCUUCCACGAACAGAAGGUGAGGCCUCUCUAGAAGCGAAAUGAAGGAGGGCAAGAUUCUGCUGGUUCUUUCUGAUUCGAUUACGCUAUUUCCCCUUUUAAUUCUCUGUGGAUUUUGUCGCCUAGACGGCAAUUGUGGUGUCAGGUGACGUUGAGCUGCAUCUCGUGGCAAUGCCGACCAAAGUGGACAGGCCUCCGUGCUUCUGGUGUUGUUCAGCACCGGCUGGACUCUACGAUUCAUGCAUGGGGAUGCUUAACCUCCGGUGCCUGGCAAUCGUGUUUGACCUCGACGAGACGCUGAUUGUCGCCAACACGAUGAAGUCCUUUGAAGACAAGAUCGAGGUCCUCUCCCGGAGGAUAGACAUCGAGAGUGAUCCUCUUAGAGUCUCAGGGAUGUAUGCAGAGCGGAAGCGGUACCUGGAGGAUAAGGCUCUCUUGAAGCAGUAUGCUGAGAAUGAUAACGUUAUGGAAAAUGGGCGGCUGAUAGGAGUUCAGAAUGAAGAGGUACAUCCACCCUCAUCCAGUGGUGAGCCGGUUGUGCGCCCUGUCAUAAGGUUACAAGAUAAAAGUAUAGUGUUGACUCGAAUCAACCCCGAGGUAGAAACCCACCGAUUCUCCAUCUAUUUUCAAAAUUUAUCAGUUAAAAUUUAAUAUGGGGAGCUCUGAUCGAAUUCUUUCUUUAGUUUUAUCUGUGAAGUUUUUCCUGAUAUAUAUCAAAACUCAUUGUGUGUUGAGGCUUGUUCGGUGCUUGAUAAUAUGCACUUCAGAUUCUUGACGGAAAAAACGAGAUUUCUAAGUUGAAAAACCAGCUAACCAAGUUGUCUCAGUAAACGAUACAAAUAGUUUGAUGAACUGAUCAAACAGAAUAGUUUAAGAUUACUCAGGCUUGAGAGUCGAUGCAUGUUUGUUGUAUGCUAACUGGGAGAUUUCGUGAAUGGUUCGGUCUCCAUUAUUGUCAGCAAGAGUAGGAGUAUUUAAAAUAAAACAAUUUCAUGGGAUUUUUAUGGUUUAACUGUUUUACAUUCAACUAUUACUCUGGUUAGUGUUGUUUGUUUCCAUGAGAUAAAAUUUAUUGAGCUGAAUGAAUUUUUUUGCUUCUCUUUGUGUUGGUGACAUUUUUUGUUACGUUUGUCAUUAUCUUUGUCUGUAUUCAUGUGUGAGGAGACAUCUGUCAUGUUGAGUAAUUGGAUAAUUUUUUACAGCAAUCCUGGACAUCAAUUUUUUCACACGAAGAAAUAGCCUUUUGUUUUUUUCUAUUGUUUCCUUUUCUAUGGUAUUCAUGUUCAACAAUCUUGUUGCUUAUUAUACAUGAUUUUCUUGCAGAUCCGUGACACUAGUGUACUGGUCAGAUUACGACCUGCUUGGGAGGAUUUGAGAAAUUACUUGACUGCAAAAGGACGCAAACGAUUUGAGGUUUAUGUUUGCACAAUGGCUGAGCGAGAUUAUGCACUUGAGAUGUGGAGGCUUCUUGACCCAGGUUCCCAUCUCAUCAACUCCAAACAACUUCUAGACCGUGUAGUAUGUGUGAAAUCAGGUAAUAAUUUUUAUAAUGCGUCUUUUUCUAUGAUUUUGAAUAUUCAAUAUCGCAAUUAUCGUGAUUCCUCUUGGCUGUUUAUUUGAGUAUUCCUAUAGUAGCUCCACAUCUGUUGUGUGAGUAUUGAAGCCAAUAUCAUGGGUAAUGUUCUCUUUUGAUUUGCAUGCGCAUUAAAAUGAGUUUAAGCAGUCUGCUCAUUUUAAUCUCGUAUUUUGCUUUCCUAAAUUUCUAGGGUUGAGAAAGUCAUUGCUGAAUGUUUUCCAAGAUGCAAAUUGCCAUCCAAGGAUGGCAAUGGUGAUUGAUGACCGGAUGAAAGUUUGGGAUGAUAAAGAUCAACCCCGGGUCCAUGUUGUGCCUGCCUUUACCCCAUAUCAUGCACCACAAGCAGAGGUUAUUCCUUUCCUAGAAUAUUCAGACAGGAUUUUUUACAGACACCUCUGAUAAAAAGUUCACUUCUACAAUCUUCCUUUGUCAAUUUUUUCGUAAAUAACUCAUUAAUUAUUUUUUUACAGACAGCUAAUGUUGUUCCAGUAUUGUGCGUUGCAAGAAAUGUUGCAUGCAAUGUCAGAGGUGGAUUUUUCAAGUUAGUAUGAAGUUCGAACUUGCUUAGAAAUGUUAUAGGAUGUACUUUUUUUGUCUCAUACCUAGGUUAGCACAGCAAGAUCUGAAGUCAACUGUGUUAUGCAUUGCAGGGAGUUUGAUGAAAACUUACUUCGGAAAGUUUAUGAACUCUAUUAUGAAAAUGAUAUUUUGAAUUUGCCUUCCACACCAGAUGUCAGCGACUACUUGAUGACAGAGGUAUGCAUUAUUCAUUUCUCAUGAAAAUAAGACCUAGUGAUACUCGGUACGCUCUGUUUUUUUAAUUCCUCAUUCGCACUGAUUUUCUUUAUUUUAUUUCAUUUUGUGCGUUUGAAGGAUUCUGUUCCCAACAGAGAAGCUCCUAUUCCCGAGGGCACGAAUGGUGCUGAAGUUGAGAGAAAGGUCAAUGGAUUUGUAAGCCUCUUUCCUCAUUUCUCCUUUAAAUCCCCGGUAAAUUUGAUUCAACUCUAUGGAAAGCCUAAGCAAUUGAUGAUGCGGUGGUUUUUCAAUAUUCUAUGACGGGUCUAUCUGAAUGAAUCAUUUUGUAAGUUCUAGAAUAUCACGAAGAGAUUGACUACUGCUAAAGGAUUUUAUCUUUUCAUUGAAAGGUUGUAGGUUGGUUACUCUAUCAUAAAGAAAUAGUGAAGACCACGAAUUUAAAUAUUGGGCAUUUAUCGUUAGUGUGGCUUUUCACAAUUAGGCUACUACUGUUACGGCUGGGGUUUUGGCUUAGGAUUCAUGAGUGAGUGACAGUGUAUAAAUUUAUUUCUAUGAUUGGUUAAUUACUCAAUUUGGUUUUGCUUCAUUGAAUAGACAGGGUUUUAAAACACAUAAGAAUGGGUCAUGUGCAUUUUUUAUGUUAAAAAUCUACUUUUUAUAUCCAAAAAAUUAGUUUUUAACGUUUUUCGGUAUCAUACUAGUUUUCUGCAUCUUUUCUAUCAACGGGCUAACAACCUUAAGAAUGAGCAUCGGAUAAACAUCAGGAACUUUCCGCAUUAUAGAUUGUUUGGGACUAAGAGUAAAUGGUACUGCUGAAAAUGGGUAACAGUUCAUCAAGUGUUUCGUAUAUGCAGGAAAACCUUGGUGAUGAACGCAACAUGCAACCUCAGUCGCUGUCAAUUCGUUCAUCAUCAUUUGGUAUUUCAACAAUUACAUUUAGACCUCUGUCUCCAUCUUUCUCUCUCCUCCGCUCUCUCCACCCUUCUUACCUCACUGCCUCUCUUCUCUUCUAUCUUCUCACCUCAUCAUUUGGUGCUCAUUAUUUUUUCUUGUGCCUUUGGAUUGCUGUCUUUCUUGGAGUUUCUUUGAAAAAAACGCAUCAUGCCGCUGACAUAACUAAUCAAAAGCUGCGGAUGUAUAUCUCCAAAUACCUUCCUACCUUAAUCUCCUUGUGAUGGAAAAAGUUGUUUUAUGUACGGUGCCAUGAACAAGUUACUUUAAAUUCGCAUUUAUCAUCCUUCAAUUAAAUAUGAGAUCGUUGACGUUUUAUGAGUAUCUUAUUCAACAUGCCUAGAUUUAACCCACCAAAUCAUGCUAAGAACUUAGAUUAGGCAUUUGAAACAAAUUGAAAGAAAAAGGUUUGUACCCAAUGGUAUUACGAGUAUUUGGCUAAAAUUGAGGGCUAUUUCCAGAAAAACCAAUGGGCAAGAUAGGAGUGACUGACUGAUAUGCCAUUGGUGAAAGUGGUUCUGGAUCGUUUGAACACGUCAUGUGUACUCUCAUUAACUCCCAUCUUUGCCCACGUGGUAUUCUUAGAAACUGCUUUCAAUUUUAGCCUAACAACUGUAAUCCUAUGGUAUGACGCAGGGAACAUCAACCUAUAUACUUGGUAAGAAAUUUGAUCAGCGUUUCAUGAGUAUUCUAGAAGUAGAGGAAGACGUCAAAGAAUUUAGAUGGAGCCAAUUAAGAAAGAUACUAAGUUAGAGUAUAUGAUGUUUGCUGAAUUGUGCUGAUGGAGAAUGAUGUAUGCGAAUUAAACUGAGAUAUUGUGGGAUCUUCUGUGCCAAGUCCAAGGGAAUAAAUCAAUCCAUAUAUCACAUUUAGAAUAAUUUGUGGCUUAGUUAUUCGUUUCCUUGGCCACUCUUCUAUCACAUUUAAAUAUCUUCUAUCGCAAUACCUUAUUGAGAUAUCUUUGACCUUCGAAUCCUAAUAGGAGGAUGGUGGGUAUAUAUCCACAUGUAUGGAUAUAUGCAUAUAUUACUGGAUGUAAAUCCUAGUAGAUUUUUUUUCAUGGAACUAAUAUGAAAGAGAACCCUAGACAUCUAGAAAAUAUGAACAUUGCACUAUGAUAAUUGUCGAAAUUCUGACGUGGAUUUUUUUCAUCAUUAAUUUAUUUUAGUCAUCCCUUAUUAUCUUACAAGAUUAAUUUCAUUCUUUAUCUUCAGAUGAUGAGGUCUUAAAAACUCGAGUACCAAAUACUGACAAGGAUUUUCUUAUAUCCGCUUUAUCUAUUGGAGUAUUGACUGAGAUUGGGCGGAGAUGUGAAUCUAAGGUAUUGCGAAUUGAUCAGAAUUUUCAAAGAUGUUGAUGUGAAUUUCAGAAUCAAUAUCCUCUUUGAUGUUUAGGUUGAGUUCAAGCCUGUUACGAGCAGCAGUAAGGAUCUACAGUUUUCUGUUGAGGUUCGUAUGUUGACAUUUUAUAAUGUGUAGAUACUCGUCCGGUCUUUGUCAGAUUCAGAAACGUUAUUUUUCUUUGCAGUUGUCAAAUCAUGUUACUAAAUGUAUGCUGUUCGAACCUGGCUUUUACUUUUGUGUUUGCUACUAACUGGGUUAGGACGAUCUCUCUGCCUGAUCGGGAUUUCAUGACUUAUGCAUUGGAGCUUGAUUAUUGAGUUUUAUAUCCUCGGAUGUACAGUUUUUUUCCUUGGUCUGUUGUUGAAGUUCUCUAAAUAUCCUUGUUUUACUCUCACUCGUAAAUUUACGGGAAUAUCAUAAUGAUUAUGAACUUCUGGUGAUAUUUAUGCAUUAGCAUUUUCUGUAUGUAGCAUCAAAGCAUUGAAACUUGGUUACAUUUAGCAUAGUUGCUACUUUUUAAUAUUCUGACCAGGAAAUGCCUGAAGUAUUUAUAAGUUUUUUGUUCAUUUUUUCAAAGAAAUUGUACACCUUCAUAGAGUUGGUACCUAUGGCUGUAUGGUUCUUUCUUUUAUUAUUAUUUCAUUUUCUUAAUGGAAAUCACAUCUGAAAUUUAGAAGAUCUCAGUCUCCCAAUCUAUUACCCCAGGUCUUCUUCAGUGGUGAGAAAAUUGGGGCGGGAGCAGGGCGAACAUGGAAAGAAGCUCAGCACCAAGCUGCCGAUACUGCUCUUCGGCAUUUGGCAAGUGAGAACGAGUUUACUACCUGAGCUCUUUCUUGCAAUGGUUACAUCUCAUUAAAAUAGUAUAUAUUUCUUAGAAUUAAAUGUUCCUUCUGUUUUCACAUGUGGUAUGUACGUAUUCGAUAUCAUCUUUUUCCUUGGACUGCUCUUAGUAAAUAAAAUUUGCUGUUUUUCGGGAAUGGUAGUUGUUUCGUUUAUAACUUAGAUUGUGUUUAUAUUCAACAUUUAUACUAUCGGAUCCAUCUGUCUGUAUCUUCUGCGUAAUCAUUUUUACACAAAUAGCCUUGAAUGUAAAUGUUCAUGUUGGACAUCGAGUUGUGAGGUGUUAAACGCUUUGUUUGAUGCUUCGAAUGAAAAAAUUGUCUGAUCACAAGUGGUAAUUGGGAAAUUUUGCACCCAGUAAUGGGAUGUGAGUGCCCAGUUUCAUCUGUUGCAGAAGGUUAAAAAGUGUCGCCAGUUACCCUUUGCAUCCUGCGUAUUUGUUUAAAGCUGUUUCAAUAGGCAAAUGCCUCAACUGAUGGUUAUCUUUUUUUGUUUUUCAUGGUUCUUACACAGACAGUUAUGUGGCAUUUGUGACACUUAAUACGGGAACCGUGGAUAGAGAUUUGGGCAGGCUAUCUCUUCAGAAUGAAAAUGGAUUUUUGAGGGAACAUGCUGAUGUUGAUUCCAAAGAGUCACCAGACAAGGAAGAAUUGCCUAAUGCUAGUACAUCAGGAGAGUCGGGGUUCACAGAGGAUUCGAAAAAGUUGCCUCAAAUUGUCGCUGAAAUAAGGGAGCGUGCAAUGGUGAUCGACACUAGAUUCCUUUAGGACUUUCGUGGGGAAUUCGUAUUGGACUAACAUGUUUACACUUUAUUGUUGUGCAAUUUCAGUGCGUGACAGAAGAUCUCAAUCUAGUCUUCCGAGAACAGCCGCAGACAUCUAUGGUAUCAAAUGGAGAAUAUUACUCUCAGGUGAGAUCCAGUUAGCUUUACUUUUGGGGAGUUUGUCGGUCAUUUACGUCACUCUGACCGAGGUCGUGUUAGAUGACAGCGUCGGAUGCCUGCCUUCUGCUCUGUAGUUGUUUUUCCCCUCACUUGUUCACUUACGCGUUAUGUAUAAUAUCAUGUGGGAAAAGCUGGCCUUCUCUCUGCGUUCUAUUUUGCUAUUUCCACGUUUUAAGAUUACUUACCACGGGAAAUGGGUAUGUUUUCUUGUGCUCGUCGGUAUUUCCACAUUAGGCAUUAGUGUGUAGAGGCUCUGUUUUAUCCUUUUUAAAGAAAAAUCUAGGAUUGCUUCUUCCCUACCGCCUGCUGCAGAAUAUGUUGAUCUACUGGAAGCUUUACUAUUUGGUGGAGUGUAAGUUUGAUUAAGAUGAACUCAUUAUGAACUACCACGAUGAUCUUUUGAAAUGUGGAAAACUUUGCGGAAUGGUUGCGUCAUCUGGCAAUAAAGUUUUCAGUGUACGGCUGCAGGCUAGGGAGGAGAGGUUUGAGACUUCGAAGGCAUCUGAAAAUCGACCAGCCCAGAAGCAGUCAACCAUCUUUAGGUAAUUUUCACAGUGAAUUACUCGAGUCUUUUUGCCCGGUUCAUCGAAUGCAAAGAUGAGGAUGAAAAUACUUAUACUUCUGGUUGCUGUUCCUUAUUGAUUUGUUUGCCAUCUUUGUAAAAAGAAUAAUUCGAGUUAGUGAUAUUGUUCGGAGCUUUUGUUUCCACGAUUCGUCCUAUAAUCUCUCCUAUGACGUUCCUGUUGCAUGAACAGACUCUGAUUUCCGUCAGAAAUCUGUACCCUGACUCAGGGGAACCAGUGCCAGGAUCUGUUCCGAGAAACUGAAUUGUUUUGCUAGACAACGGUAUCCUGUGCAGUAGAUCCUGGGUGUUCUAGGCGUCGUCGUAUUAUCUUACGCGCCUGAAAAGCUCACUCGUAUUAUCAGCAAACGGCUGCUCCGUGGAGAUUUGUGUUCAUUCUUCUCACACAGAUGCCGAUCCUUCAAUUUGAGGUUGUUAAUUUUUCCCUCCCAUUAAAUGUGCUUAAUCCCGACUACAACUGCACUUUUUUGUUUAAGCGCCGCUCUCUCUUGCCGAGCAUUGCCUAAAGAAGAAUAGGGUUUUCUUUUUAUGCAUUCCUCAGUGGGAUGGCCGCCUUCGAGAAUGCGACUCAUGUCUUGGUUUCUACCGACCGCUGUUUUCUCGGGAAUUUCGACGUCUUCGUACCAUCACAGCCUCUCCAAAUCCAUGCGAAUGAAUACUACGCAUGCUGCCUGCUUCUUCCAUGCCGCUUGGGCCUCGUCUGGUUGUAUAAUAAUUGGCUGGAAAGAACGUCGGAUCUAUGUGGACCGUCUUCUAUCUUUUGCAGGCCGCCACCCGCUGUCCCGACGAAGCGCCCCAAGGACGAAGCGUCGCUGGGGCACAACGGCGUGCACUCGUCACGCCCCUUCAAGGACGGGUUAUAG